GGCAGGAAAGCGCACGCUUCUGGGACGAGCGCACAUCACAGAGCACGAAGUUUGACCAAACCCGACUCUUGUAACGGAUACAGACUUGUCAUCUCUCAAGAACUCAGCUUGUGUGAAGGGAGGAAGUUGUGAAGUCAGCGAAGGACAAGCAGUUACUGUUCGGUUACAGACCCGGAGUAAGGCUUGGCUCAGUACCCCAGAGCGAACCAAGCCUUCUUUCAGAGGAUCCUCUUCUUCAACACAGUAAUACCCUACCAGUGACUGGUCAAAUCCAUUCACACACAGACAGACACAGAACUUUUCGCACUUAUGUCCUCGCUUUUGAAAGAAAGGAGUUUUCAAACCUAUAACUACACACUCUAUAGGAAGACUGCAGUGUGAAAGUGUUUUCUUGUUAGACCCCCACACGGCUAUAGACAGAGGCCCACUCAUUGUCCCUUCCCUGGAGAAAAAGGCUUAUUUAGCAUCUAACGCUAGCACGACGUGCUGCGCGUUGCUUUCACAUUCAGCACCAUUGAUCCACUGACCACACUGUGAUCUCAUUAGCAUUCUAGCCUCUUAUUUUUUAACACACACACACAGGCAACCCUCCGAAUGACACAUUGUUUUCACAAAGAUUAUUGGUCCUGUUGACCAUGAGGCACAUGCUGCUGUCAGCUCGUUCAAUCACCAUCCACUACAGACAACACCUGGGUAUGAGGGUCCCAUCUACACACCAUUAGCCCCCACUGAGAGAACUGGAGAGUACUACUGCACUACCCUGUUGCCCUGUGUUGUACUGCAAUGUUUAUUCACUCUGGCAGGUGUUAGUGUCAUGUCCUAUCUGUCCAGGAGGCUGUCCGUGUGAGUGGAUACGACAGGGCUAUGAUAAACACUUGCUGUUGUCGUCUUCUACUGCCUACGGGUCGGUCACUGUGAGGGGAAGAGGUCCUGGGUCUGAUCAUACUGUUUUGUCUAUCACCCUGUCAGAAGGGAUCAAGACCAAAUCUCUUUUGAAGUAGACACUUCAUCUCAAAGAGACUAACCUGGAUAAACAAAGGCUGAAUAGAAUACAUCAGUCUGUCCAUCCACUGUGGCCCACCUCUUGCCCACUCCCCCCACCAUCCAGUCUGUGUGUAAGUUCUGCCGCCAGGCUGCUUGGAGAAUGAACGAUGUCACCACCCUGGACUAUGAGCUGCUGCUAUCCCCCGGGCCCUCCCUCCCUGGGGCCCCCAGCAGCCCCUCUGGUGGGGGGCGACGCGGAGCAGAGGACGGCCUUUGCCUUUGUGGGGCUCCUCAUGCUCUUCCUGGUCUUCCUGCUGGUGCGCUGCUUCCGCAUCCUGCUGGACCCCUACAGCCGCAUGCCAUCCUCCUCCUGGACCGAACACAAGGAGGGCGUAGAGAGGGGGCAGUUUGACUACGCCCUGGUCUAGACCUGGGUCGUGUUCAUUAGGCACCAAACGGAAGAAAGGGGACUGAAACAGGGAGGGACUACCCAAACUUGUCCAAUAAGAAAAUGUUGUUUUCGUUUUCCGUUGCACAACGUUUCGCUACGGUGUGCCCUAAUGAAAACGACCCUGGUAGGGUCUAAAGGGGGCAGUUUGACUGGCCCUGCUGUAGAAACAGAGACCACAGUUGUGAAGACCGGCUCCCUCAACACCCAGACCAAGACCUUUGAUUACCUGCUGGUGCAGAGAUGGAGGAAAAGGGGCCUCAAGACCCACACCAAAACCAGACCACCAGACUGCUUGAGACCCAGACUGUAACCAAGACAAGACCAUUUGAGACCCAGACUUCUUGCAACUCUGAGCCAGAGGUAGAAAGGGGUUGUACUGCAAUGCUAGCUUUAACCCUAUGCUGCAUUGCCCUCAGAAGACUUCCUCCUCCUGUUCUAGUCCCUGUAGAUUUGCUAAAAUGCAGGGGAGCGCUGACAAAGCCAUCACAAACAUAAUGGGAUUACAAACAAGAUCUCUCUAGAUCUGGGUUUCCCAAACUCAGUCCUGGGGACCCCAAGGGGUGCACGUUUUGGUUUUUGC